AUGGAUACACCAAUUUUUGAAGAAGCAUUGUCCGGCAGUGCGUAUGACGUGAGGGAGAAUUCUAUUUUCACCGACGUUAAUGUUCCGUGUUUGAGUGAAGAUGACACACCACAUGUAGAUCAGGUUAAUGUGUCUUUUGGUAAAUUUUCAUGUGAUACAUUGAGCCAUAUAUUUAAGAUGAGAAUGAGUGUUAAUGUAUCUUUUGGUGAAUUUUCUUGUGAUACAUCAAGCCACAUAGUUAAGUUGAGAAUGAGUGGGAAAGAAUCUGAAGACGCUAUUCAGAAAAAGGAUGAUGCUACGGUCCCGGAUCACACUGGAAUUCCAAUGGAGGAAAUCCCGUACGUAGGAUUGAGAUUUAAUUCGUUACAGCGGGCACAAGAGUUCUAUUCUAAUUAUGCGAAGAAAGUUGGGUUUGUGACGAGGAUUAGGAAUACAAACUUUGACAAGACCAGGAAAGAAAUAAAGGUACCUAUUAAUCAAUCGAUACACUGUAGUCGUGAAGGUUAUCGGGAAUCUCGAGUGAAGGCAGCAAUGCGGGUAAAGAGAAUAACAACAGCUGGGUGCAAAGCAAGGAUGUAUGUGAUGCUUGAUAGGCAUAAUGAUAAUUGGCUGGUGACCAAAUUAGAAUUGAAGCACACCCACGCGUGUUCUGCCGAGCAAGCUGUGCAUUAUAGUGAGUACAGGGAACUGACCAUGCAUGCCAUGUGUGUGAUUCAGAACAACGAUGAGGCUGGCAUACGGCCUAACAAGACUUAUCUCGCACUGGCAAAUGAGGUUGGUGGGUCAUCAAAGUUGGGUUACUCAGAAAAGGAUGUUAGGAACUAUAUAACGAGGAAUUUGCGCUGUGCUGAUGUAAACGAAGAUGUGAAGGAAAUGAUUAGAUAUUUCAUGCGAAUGAGAGAUAUAAACCCGAAUUUCUUCUAUGCAGUUGAUGUGGACGAAACUAACAAGUUUAAGAGUGCGAUAUGGGUAGAUGCAAGAUGCAGGGCAUCGUAUGAAUAUUUUGGAGAUGUGGUAUCGUUUGAUACAACGUACAGAAGGAACAAGUAUGUUUGUGUUUUUGUCUCCAUUAUAAGGGUUUACAUUUUUCCAACAAUAUUGUGA